CUUGCCAGUGGCAGCUGGUUCGCCAGCAGCGCUGGAUUGGCAACAACAGCUGAUUUGCCAGCGGCAGCUGGUUUGCUAACAGCAGCUGGGCUGACAACAACAGCUGGUUUGCCAACAGAAGCUUUGUUGGCAACAACAGCUGGCUUGCCGGUGGCAGCUGGUUCGCCAGCAGCAGCCGGAUUGGCAACAACGGCUGGUUUGCCAGCGGCAGCUGGUUCGCCAGCAGCAGCUGGAUUGGCAACAACGGCUGGUUUGCUAGCGGCAGCUGAUUUGCCAACAGAAGCUGGGUUGGCAACAUCAGCUGGUUCGCCAGCGAAAGCUGGUUCGCCAGCGAAAGCUGGUUCGCCAGCGAAAGCUAGUUUGCCAACAGAAGCUGGGUUGGCAACAUCAGCUGGUUCGCCAGCGAAAGCUGGUUCGCCAACAGAAGCUGGGUUGACAGUAACAGCUGGUUCGCCAGUGGAAGCUGGUUUGCCAACAGGAGCUGGAUUGGCAACAACAACUGGUUUGCUAGCGGCAACCGGUUUGCCAACAGAAGCUGGGUUGGCAACAACGGCUGGUUCGCCAGCAGAAGCUGGUUUGCUAACAGAAGCUGGGUUGGCCACAAUAACUGGUUUGCUAACAGAAGCUGGAUUGGCAACUGCAACUAGUUUGCCAGCGGCAGCUGGUUUGCCAACAGAAGCUGGGUUGGCAACAACAACUGGUUUGAGAGCGGCAGUUGGAUUGCCAACAGAAGCUGGAUUGGUAACAACAACUGGUUUGCCAAGAGCAGCUGGUCUGCAAACGGCAGCUGGUUUGCCAGCGCCAGCUGGUUUGACAGCGGCAGCUGAUUCGGCCGCAGUCGAAGCUGGUUCCACUACAGCAACAGCUCGACCGACUAUAAUAUCAGCUGGUUCGGCAACAGCAGCAGCAGCUAAUGUCGCCGCAGCAGUGGCAGCAGCAGCUGGUUCGACUAAAGCAGCCGCUGGGGUGGGUACGGGAAUAACUAAUUCGACUAGAGCAGCAGCCGCGGCGGCUGCGGCGGUUGCUGAUAAAUAAGUAUAGGAUAAUGAACGAAUGAAUUAAUAAUUGUAAAGCAGCCGAAGUGCACAAGGACUCAUGUGCUUGGAUUACAGGGUCUUAUCUUCACUUAAAAAGAAAGAAGAUGUUUCAAAGAAGUACGCCAUUAUCAUUUAAUUUGACGAUGUAUGAUACGUUAUUACACACUGAUGUUCUUCAGGUUGCUCCAAUAUGAAUAGGUCUGCUCGUGAAUACAUAAUUGUAUCCGCAGGUAUAUCGCUUGGGGUGUUAAGCCUUCUCAUCGGAGGUGAUGAGUUCAGACUUUUGUCUAAAAUCAAUUCCAAGAAAAUAGAGCAAAAGGAAAGAGCAGUAUCUCGAACCAGUUAUGCUGGAUUUUCUUGCGUUUAAAUGGGCGUAUUAAAUCAAAAACUUAUCAUUAUUGCUAGAGAAGCUGAAGUAUCCGCGCAAUGCUAAGACUAUGCACCCUUUGGGUUUUACUCAGUCUCCACUUGAAUAUACGAAACAUUGAUACAAAUUUGAGUGGUACAUAAAUACAAUUUACCUUAGUCUUCAAUUUAGUAUCUAGCAAGGAUCUUAGAAGUGGUGAACCAGUCACACUUUUAGCUGAACUGUUUGGUUAUAUCAUCACAAAUGUUGGAAGUAGCGACCGGUUAUUUGAAGGAUACGAAAGGAGUUCGUAUAUGGUUUUCAUAUAUUUUUGUCUGUAUUAGCUUCUGUUACGAUCAAAUACAGAUUUAAGCCAUAGCGCCAGGUAGUUCAGCACUGCUCAACACCGCUAGGCAUAACGAUUAUGGUGAUCGGAUUAGCUUAGUGAGCCUGUUGCUUUUGCUAGUUUCCAGGGAAGCUGUAAGAUGAAUCUUCGUUCAAUCUUCCAGUUUCUAAGAUUAUGGCAAUCUUCACCCCUAACAAACAGUUACUUAUUUUCACUGAAAACAAUUAUAUUAUUUUUUCAUUAAUGUCAAUUUCGUGCGUUUGCGUGCAUGUGUAUGUUAUACUUAACCGUACUUAUUUGAAUAAUCGGUUACUUCUAGAAAAAUAUCAAUUUGGAUAAGACGAAUUUAUGUUUUUAUCCUUCACAGACUAAUUAAAUUAAAUAAUUAAAAAGUACCAAAUGAAAAAGCAAAAACUUUUUCUUUAGUGUUUCGCAUAGGUGUCGUUAAGUGUCCAUCAUUUUAUAAGAUAUGAGAUAGGAACAAUUUACAACAAUGUUACCUUAUACUUUAAAAUAAGCGUAAUGUAACAUGUGUCUAGCUUUAACAAGUUAUAACUUUUCAUUAUUUGUCGACUGCUCUAAAAUGAAAAUCUAUGAUCAGGGCUGGAUCUUCUUAAGAGGAAAUGCUCAUGCUUAUUUGAUCUGAAAUGCUUGUUGAGCUUUGUAAUAGUACUUCCUUUACUGUUCAUGUUUGAAUUAAGUAUACAAAUGAGUAGAUUGAUAAAUCAAGUUAUUUUUAAACGUAAGAUGUUGUAGACUCGUGAAGCGUGCAGUCCGUUACCUUAAACGUGCACCAAUAUGGUCAAAAGACAAUCGUAAUUACAAAACACAAAUCGUCGCGUGCUUUCAUUUCGUCUAUCAUAAGAGCUUGCUUGUUUAGCCUUGUCGGUCUUGAAAAUACCUGCGUGACUCAGAUCGUAAUUUGUGUAGGCGCCGCCUCGGUGUUAUUAAAUAGUUUCACACCUAUUUUUAUCGUUUACGCAGCGGAAUAUUUGCGGCUAUACAGAAUGUUGUU